AUGCCUGAAGAAGAGCCGGCCUACGGUUCUCUGAACAUCCCAGCAAGCUCGAGCAACCAUGCCCGUCUAGAUAGCAGCUUUGCGGAGUCGGAGAUGGGGGGUCGACACAGGUCAUCCUCGAUCUCAAACCGAUUUCGUCAAGCCGGAGGUCCAAACAGCUUGGAUAACUUUGCCCGCUCCUGGCAGCGAGCUGCCGCCUUCCCGGAGGUUCUCCCACGGCGGUCAUCAUUUGUCUCCACCAACGAAGAUGACGAUAUCGCCAUAGCAACAGGUCAAGACCACAGCUCGCACUCCGCAUCCUGGGGUCAAUCCUGGGGUCGGAACUCAAAUGCAGACCGGCCUCUUUUGCGGGACUCGGACUCGGAGCAUGAAGAAGAUGAUCUACCCGAGCCCACGAAACGUGCACUACCUAGUACUGGCCUGCUUGGUACAUCGUUUGAUCGCAGUUUCGCGGCUUCGUAUGGAUCUAUUUCCUCGCGAGUCAGUGACUCGACUAGGAGGCAUGCCAUCCAGUUCCACCGAGAUCAACUUCCUCAGGCUCACGUUGAGGGGUCUGGGGACCCAGAUCGGAGUCCGUUGUUGGUGAAGCAUAUCCAGCAUGAGGAUGGGACGCAGGAGGAUAUCAUUGUGGGUCAAUCUACAGUCCCACAGACGAUCUUCAACUCGGUGAAUGUGUUGAUUGGGAUUGGGUUGCUGAGUUUGCCCUUGGCGUUGAAGCACGCCGGCUGGGUCUUUGGCUUGUUCUUCCUUGUAUUCUCGGCCGUAUCGACCUCUUACACAGCUAAGAUUUUGGCUAAAUGUUUAGACGUGGACCGGAGUGUUGUCACUUAUGCGGAUUUGGCAUACAUUGCCUUCGGGCAACAGGCCCGUUUGAUUAUCAGCUUCCUGUUCUGUUUGGAGCUUCUGGGUGCUUGUGUGGCUCUAGUGGUGUUGUUUGCUGACAGUCUAUAUGCACUGGUGCCGGGUCUGACCAUUUUGCAAUGGAAGAUCGUCUGUGGACUUGUGCUUCUUCCGCUCAACUUCUUGCCACUUCGGUUCCUGAGUAUCACCAGUAUUUUGGGCAUCAUAUCUUGCACGUCAAUCGUGAUCCUCAUUUGUAUCGAUGGUUUGAUAAAGCCAAACGCGCCAGGUUCGCUACGCCAGCCGGCAAACACUUUCAUGUUCCCCGAGAACUGGGCUACCUUCCCCUUGAGCUUUGGCCUCAUUAUGUCUCCCUGGGGUGGACACGGUGUUUUCCCAAAUAUCUACAGAGACAUGAGGCACCCUCAGAAAUACGGCAAGAGUCUCUGGGUGACCUAUAUAUUUACUUUUACUCUGGACUGUUCAAUGGCAAUCAUUGGUUGGCUGAUGUUCGGUGAUGUUGUCCGCGAUGAAAUCACCGCAAACAUCCUCACAAUCACCGACUACCCACAGUCUAUAUCCGUCGGGAUCAUAGUAUUUAUCGCAAUAAUUCCCCUCGCAAAAGUACCAUUGAACGCUCGUCCUCUUGUCGCCACAUUUGAGGUUCUUUGCGGACUUGGAGUGGUUCAGUUGCCAGCUGACCACGGCUCCGAGAAGAUGCAGAAGAUUGGCCGCGCGUUGGUGCGUGUCUUUGUCGUGGUUAUGAUUGUCAUCUUGGCGGUCAUCUUCCCAUCUUUCGACCGCAUCAUGGCCUUCCUGGGAUCUUUCUUGUGCUUCACGAUCUGUAUCAUCUUCCCUCUUGCAUUUUACCUCAAGAUCUUUGGAAAGGAGAUCAGCCGCACCGAGCGCAUUCUGGAUUGGGCUCUGCUCAUUCUUUCCAGUAUAUUGGCAGCAGUGGGAACCGUCUGGGCCUUUUUGCCCCAGGAAAUUCUCAACGCAAACUAG